AUGGAGCCGCCUGGGAAUAAGACUCUUGCUGGCUUUGUCCUGUUGGGAUUUUCUGAUACACCUCACCUUCUCUUUCCUCUUUCCUCCUUCUUCUUGGCUUCAUAUGUCCUCUGCAUUGCAGGAAACACAUUCAUCCUCAUGCUUAUUGUUUCACAGCCACAACUUCACACCACAAUGUAUGUCUUUAUGGGAAACCUUGCCUUUGUGGAUGUAUGUUUUACAUCCAUUAUCAUCCCCAGGACGUUGUAUGGCCUCCUGUCUGAAGACAUCUCUAUCUCUAUUCAUGGCUGUAUUGUCCAGCUAUUCCUGUUUCUGGCAGUGGCCAACAUGGACAGUUAUUUGUUGACCAUCAUGGCCUUUGACCGAUUCUGUGCAGUUUGUUUUCCCCUACGGUACCUUUUAAUUAUGAACAGGGGAACUUGUAUCUGUCUGGUGACUUUUUCUUGGAUUAUUGUUUGCCUCCACUCUACUUUCUACACUUGGCUGGCUUCUUCUCAUCUCUUCUGUAAUUGGGUAAGCCAAAACUUCUUCUGUGACUAUCCUGUCAUACUCAUGCUAUCUUGCUCUGGCUUAUCAGAAACCCGGCAGAAAGUUGACUGCAUUGAAAGUUCUGUCAUCAACUUUGCACCAGUGCUUUUAAUCCUUGGGUCCUAUGUACUGAUCAUCAGAGCAGUGUUGAUUCUAAAGUCAUCCCAAGGAAGUAAGAAGUCCUUCACCACUUGCUCAUCUCACCUCACCAUAGUCAUCCUCCUCUAUAGCACAAUCAUAUUUAUGUAUUUUCGUCCAAGCUCCAUCUACUCACCAACCUAUGAUUGGGACAUCAGUAUCAUGUACAGUGUCAUUAUACCAAUGCUCAACCCAUUUAUUUACAGCCUUAGAAACAAGGACAUCAAAACUUCUGUAAGAAAACUUCUAAAACAGAUAUGA